UCGAUUACUAAAUACACGGUUGUAAACAUGUGACGGAAUAAACAAGACGUAUAAUUUUAUACAUAUAUUUAUACAUUCAUCGACAUAACUUAUCAACCAUAUUUAGUUCUAUAUAACGAAAAGUGGAUUAUGUUAAAGUGACUGCAUCCUAUGUGAUAAACGCAAAUCUUUCAUUUUAUAAAUUCCGGAUGUUUUUAGAUUAAGAAUGUUAAAACAUUCACAUAUUUUGAGGAUAUUUAGUUUGUUAUUGAUCAGUUACUGUCUAAGUGUAUCUGCCGACGGAUAUGGUUGUGAGUCACAAUGGCAGCAUCUCCACAGAAUCAUGUGUUCAUUUUAUAACAGACAGGCUUAAUUGGCAGGAGGCACGAGAUCAUUGCAAAAAUCUAGCAUCUGACCUUUUGAGCAUUGACAGCAAUCAGGAAAAUAAACAGAUCAAAGGGUUAGUAAAACAUUAUGUUGAAAACUCAACAGAAUGGUGGAUUGGCAUACGACAGGUCAAUGGAACCUGGCAAUGGGUCGAUGGCGAAGAAGCAUACGCGAAAAUCCCGCAAUGGGCGCCAGCAUCAGAUAGCUAUUCUGACUCAAGAGAAGAUAGUAAUAUCUUAAGUGAUGAUAAAUGUGCGGUUAUAGACGAUAAAGGAAAACUCAGAGAAAAGUCGUGCAUCAGAGAAAUAAGACCUUUUAUUUGUGAAAAGCUCCCAACAUUUACCACGCCUGUUAAAACUGAUACAACUGAUUCAAAAACGGGUGGCAAAGAAGAAAAACCAACUUGGGCAACACCAAAAAUGAAUGACCACGUGCGGCCAUCACUUCCAACGGCUAGACCAACAAGUAAACCACGAACUGAACGUCCAAAAGAUUCUCAAGAAACUACUACAAAAGCGUCAAAACAAGAUGACCAAUUCGCGGGUUGUUAUAGUGUCAAUCAUGAGAGUACAUGCCCUCCUGUGAACGCAUUUGGAAUAUCAUGGCCUCGUACAGAAGCAGGAAAAAUGGCUAGAGUUGCAUGCGGCAAAGGCCAUGCCAAAUGGAAAUGUAACAAGAAACCAACAUGUUGGAAAGAAGAACCAGAUAUAAAACAAUGUACAUCUGAGAGUAUACAAGAGCUAACUACACAGGCAGACGAAUUCUUAGCCGACCCGGAAGAUUCUGAAAAAGCCAUGACAUUUACUGGUAAUUUAGCAGCAAUGGUAAACGAAACAGAGGAAAUGUCAGAACAAGAUGUCUACCAGACAACAAAACUAAUGAACGCUGCUUCAAAUGCUAAACCAAAGAAUUCGAAGGAAGCAAAAGGCAUAAUUAAGAAUGUUGCUAAGUGUGGAAGUGAUUUGGUUAGAAACGAUAAGAAGAAGACGUGGUCCAAGAUGAGCAAGGAAAGUCAGCGAACUAUAGCCUCAUCUCUACUGAACUCGAUGGAAGCUGUUACCAAUAAACUAAUGAAAGCAUUCGAUAAACCUACAGUGGAGAAAAUAGUUGAAGACAAUAUGGAAAUCGAGUUACAAGUUAUAAAUGUAACUGCCAUACCUGGAAGCGAAGGUCCCAUGUUUCAUGGUGAAUCAAAUAGUUUUACAAUACCUUCGGACAUUCUGAAACAAUUCAACACAGGAGAUUUAGCACGAUUGGUGUUCAUUAACUACAAUAAUGUUGGACCUCUGUUAAGUCCGGCUGAUGACGAAGCAGACGAUAAGUUAGAACGCCGUGUAAUGAGUCAAGUGCUAAGUGCAUCUCUUGAUGAGGAGCUUGGAGGGAAGACACUGGAAAAACCUGUUACAUUUACAUUGGAAAUCAAACAUCAAACUCCAAACCAAGAUAUGAUUGAUCAGUUAUGUUCAUUUUGGAAUUUCAGUCUUGGGUUCUCGGGAGCAUGGUCUCAGGAAGGCUGUUCUUUGAAAGAGAAGAACAAAACACAUGUGACGUGUCAAUGUGAUCAUCUUACCAAUUUUGCUGUCUUAAUGGAUGUCCAUAGUACUAAGAUAGAGGCAAUCCAUGCCAAUGCCUUGUCUUAUAUCACUUAUGUUGGCAUAAUCAUCUCCCUUGUAUGCCUCUUUCUUACCUGGGUCACUUUCGUUUGUCUCAGUAUACGUUGUAUACGUGGCAGUAGAAGUAGUUACGGACACGCCGAAGGUAACGAAUAUUACGGCCAAAGUGGAAGUUAUACUGGAUCUACAGCAGGUUCACGUUCUGCUCAAGGAGAAAGAAAUUCUAUCCACAAAAAUCUUGCUUUCUGUUUGUUUAUUGCUGAAUUACUAUUCAUUUCCGGGAUCGACAGGACAGACAAUAUGGUUGCAUGUGCUCUAAUAGCAGGAUUUCUGCACUACUUCUUCUUGUCCAGCUUCACAUGGAUGUUUGUAGAAGGAAUCCAAAUACUGUUUAUGUUGGUACAAGUCUUCGAUGCUGCCAAAUCGAGGCUCAGAUAUUAUUAUGCCAUUGGCUACGGUGCCCCAUUACUAGUGGUUGGCAUAUCAGCUUUAGUUUAUUAUGAAGGUUACGGAACAGAAAGAUAUUGUUGGUUGACUACAGACAGGAUGUUUAUUUGGAGCUUUGCUGGUCCUGUUGCAUUUAUUUUAUUGAUGAAUCUAGUGGUCCUUAUUUACGCUAUGUCUACAGUAUGUAAGCAUUCCGAAUACGUGUUUGAUAAAGAUAAAUCAAUGUUUGGAAGUUUUAAAGCAUGGAUACAAGGAGCGUUGGCGAUGGAAGUUCUGUUGGGACUAACAUGGGUGUUUGGAUAUUUCUAUAUCAGUGAAGGAGCUAUACCAGUUGCAUACUUCUUUACAAUUUUCAACAGUCUUCAAGGCCUAUUCAUUUUCAUAUUCCACUGUAUAUUGAAUAAAAAGGUUCGUAUUGAAUACUCGCGCUUUCUUAAUAUUCCAAGAAGAUAUUCUUUAGGUUGGACCAACUCUUCUAAAGAGACAAAUCCGGGAGCAUCAGACCAUCGAAAGAAUACAAUCCCAAUAAAUGGGACAAGGGAACAACCCGAAUGCAUUGAUUUGGAAAAAGACAGACGUGCUUCGACCAGGUCAACUACAUCUGCGUAGAAAAUGUUGUUUACGCGUUUGUGUGUGAUAGGUAUUUUAAUGAACAAGGACAAGCACGGUCUUUAGUUGUUGUGUAUUUAAUUAUCACCGGUGAAAUAUGUUUUGUUUAUGGUGCUAUUUAUAUCAUUUUAUUAUGUUAUUAUUAUACGACUUUUGACAUAAAAUAUGCCUUUGGUAUUUCAUUCAUGACACAUUGUGCCAAAUUAUGCUUUUUUUGCCGUAAACAGGGGCCAUGAAGACCCUUUGUAUACAUGUAUAUUAUACAUGUAUAUCUUACAUGAAUCUCAACGAGACUGUAGUGAAUUUCAUUAAUGAGUAUAAUUAAGUCUUUACAAAGGCUGAAGUUUUAAGUCGUUUGACAAGACUACUUGUAAACUUCAAAUUUCUCAAAAAAAAUCCAUAUUUUUUUAAAAUCUUUGCAAAUUACUCCUGCUAAUGAGAUGUUAUAAAUCUUCUCUGAUAAAGCUUUUCAAUCUUUUUAAGAAUAAAAGUUUUAUCAUUUAUUCUCUGCCGUGUACUGUGUUCAUUAAUUCUAUUUUUUAUGUUAGUAAAACGCUUCAGUGAUAAAAUUGUAAAUGCAAUAUAGUAUUAAAUGUAUGUAUUUU